AUGCCGGAUAUCACGCUCAAGAACCAACCAUUUGACGUCGAGUUUCACCCCACAGAGCCCGUCCUCUUUGCAUCCCUCCUCACGGGCCAGGUCCAGUCAUGGCGCUACGACGACCAGACGGGCGAGACUUUUUCCGGGUGGAAUGUCAGGCCCAGCAAGAGGACGGCGAGGGCACUGGCGAUCGAAGAGGGGGGCGAUAACGUCUGGAUGGGCGGAAAGGGAGGCGGUCUGUACCAAAUAAACACCAAGGAUGGGCAGAUGACCAAAGAGAGGGCUGGGGCCCACGAAGUGCCUAUCAAUCGGGUGCACUGCGUCAACCCCAAUCUCAUUGCAUCAGGAGACGACGAUGGUGUCAUCAAGUUCUGGGACCCCAGGCAAGAAGACGCGAUCCGCUCAUACUCUCAGCACUUUGACUACAUUACCGAUUUCACCUAUUUCGACGACAAGCGUCAGCUCGUCACCACCUCCGGCGACGGUCACCUGUCGGUAAUCGAUAUCCGCUCCAACAAAUCUGCCCCUCUAUCCCUCUCCGAGAACCAAGACGACGAGCUGUUAUCAAUCGUGCCAAUCAAGAAUGGACAGAAAGCUGUUGUUGGAUCAGGGACAGGAGUGCUGAGUAUAUGGAAUCGGAAGCAAGGGUGGGGAGACUGUGUGGACCGUAUACCAGGACACCCUGCUUCGGUGGAUGCCAUGGUUGCCAUCACCCCUGAUAUCAUCGCUACUGGGUCAGAAGACGGUAUGAUCCGCGUCAUACAAAUAUUACCCCAUAAAUUCUUGGGUGUCGUUGCAACGCACGAAGAAUACCCUAUUGAGCGUAUCAAACUCGACCGCAACAGCAAAUGGCUUGCUUCUGUUUCGCACGACGAGUGCCUCAAACUCACCGACAUGGAAGAUCUAUUCGAAGAGAGUGACGAUGAAGAUGAAGAGAUGGAGGAAGGGGACGGGGACAAGUCGGAGGAGGAAGAAGCAGACUCUGACUCUGACAUGGAAGUAGAGAAGAAAAAGAAGGCGAAGAAGGAUAAUGGCAUGAGGGAUAUGGGGAGGAAGCAGAUGGAAGAAGAAGACGGAAGUUUCUUUGCAGACUUGUGA